ACAUGUCUCCCCUUCCUCCUACUCUCACACCUAACUCACAAACAAUGUUUAUAUCCCAGAAACGAAAUUUGGAAGGUUCAUUCAGUGUCUUAACUACAUGAACUGUUAAAUGAGAAUUUAUUAAAUCAGAGUCCUGCAAGUAUACACUGACCGAGAAAGAUGAUCCUCCAUCCAUCCUACCAACUACUCUCUGCUCUACGUCACACACCCAGCUACCCAACAGUCUUACCCAGAGUGCUAGUUUCAACCCGCUGCCCAGUUUCGGUAACAGUGAAUCCAGAAAAUGGUUUGGUUGAUGAGCAAUUGUCUGUGAGUGUUUCUGGUUUGAAACCUGAAGAAAAUGUCACAGUCAGUGCCACAAUGGAACAGAGCUCAAAGAAAAGAGAAUCCGUUUUCAGGUCUUUCGGACAUUUCAAAACUUCAGUUGACGGAUGUGUUAAUCUGGUCACUGAUCCAUGUUUAGCGGGAACUUACACUGGAAUUGAUCCCAUGGGAUUAUUUUGGAGUAUGACUCAAGUAGUUGGAAAACAUGGUAGAAUUAAUACUGAUGAUGCCACCAAAUCUUUGGAUUGCACUGUGAUGGUCCACCCUGGUCAUAUCUCGCAGCAUUCUGAGUUUACUUCUGAUAUAAAACCAUUAGCAACCAAAUUAGUUCAACGAUCGUUUAUGAGAUCUGGUGUCCGCAAAAUCACAGUUAACCAUGGAAGACUUCGGGGUAGUUUAUUCAUACCAAGUGAUGAAACAUCCAACAGACAACGACGACGAUAUCCUGCUGUGAUAGAUCUGUUUGGUAGCACUGGUUCUUUGAUAGAAUCCAGAGGUGCUUUGUUAGCGUCCCAUGGAUUUAUAGCUUUAAGUUUGGCCUAUUUUGCUUAUAAAGACUUACCUUCAGUCGUCACAGAAGUUGAUUUUGAAUAUUUCGAAGAGGCUAUUGAAUGGCUUAUUAACCAUGAGCAAGUUUCCAGUGAGAAUGGUAUAGGUGUUUUAGGGCUAUCUCUAGGAGGGGUAAUAGCUGUAUACAUGGCCAAAGAGUGUCCGCAAGUAAGCGCUGUUAUAAGUAUUAAUGGCCUCCCAAACUUCUUUAUAUUUGGCAUCCGCCAUAACGGUAAACAGGUGCCAUAUCACUCUUCAAUGGUCUAUGGCCUUACUGUAAUGAAGGAUGAUGGAUUUAUAAGUACAAAUUGGAAAAUAGAGGAAUCUAAGUCGUUUUAUUUAGACGAGAGUUCCCGUAGUAAAGUAUUGCUUUUAGUUGGUGGUGAUGACAACUUAUAUCACACUUGUGACUAUUACCUCUGGCACAACAACUUAACUCCAGCGAAAAGAAAAGAUGUUGAAUUAAUUAUAUACGAAGGUGCUGGUCACGUCUUGGAACCUCCAUACACGCCAUUGUUUAACAGUAUUUAUCAUCCGAAAAUGGGGCAGACAUUUAUUUAUGGUGGUUACCCUCAACAACAUGCUGAGGCACAAGAAAAGUCCUGGUUAAAGAUUAAGGAAUUUUUUACCGAAAAUCUAUAAAAAUUUUGACUGUGAUUGUUAUAUCAGUGUGCAAUGCAUCAAAUAUUUACUGAUUGCACCUGUCAGCUUGUUGCAGGGAAUGAGGUAAUCAUUUGAUCACCAUAAAUGAAUUAUUUGUGCAGGUUGACCAGCAAGAAAUUGCAGAAGCGUCCUUCUCAGACCGGAAACACUACCAAUAUAUAAGAGACAAGAAUACUAAUGAUGGUUGUUUGCAUUAUAAAAGUAGGGGUGGCCACAGAUGAGUCGGUAUCAGUCGGGUUAACCCAUUAGCCUUUAAAUUGGUGAUAUCUGACCAAAAUAUUCUACAUGUUUUAUAUUCAAACUGUCACGUUUAGCUUCUCACACCUGCCCUACAAUGUCAUUCUAAAUUAAAACAAUCACAUUUUUGAAAUCUGAAAGCUAUGAGAUAAUGCAUGAUUAAUUGAAAACAAGGCCAGAUCCAGCCUCUCAUACCUACCCUACAAUGACAUUCUAAAACUAAACAAUCACGUUAUUGAAAUCUAAAAGCCAUGAGAUAAUGCAUCAUUGACUCAAAAGAAUGUGAAUUAAUAAGCAUCACAUUUAGCAAUAAUCUGAAUGCUAAAGAGUUAAUGUCUAUAGUUGUGAUAAUGAUAAUGUUUGUGAUGAUGCUGAUGAUGAUGGUGUGAUAAAUAUGCUAAUAAUGUUUCUGAGGAUGAUAAUAUUUGUAAUGUUGGCAUUGAAAUAAAAAGAUGUUUAUGUUAUUAA